AUGCAGAAGGAGGUACAUGCAAGGCUUCAUGAUGCGGAGCAGACACUCACCACCCUUGAGACUCCAGAUGAAGAGUACCCUGGCCACGAUUCUCAUUUCUUUGAGAACUUGUGGAAUACUCGAAAGGCCCAUGACCUGGACGCAAUGAACAAGCAGAAGAGUCGUAAAAAGGAAAUGAUUGCAGUUUUACUGGGCUUAGAGGAGGAGCUCAUAGGUGCUUGCGAACGACUUCGGACAAUCCAAGCAACCCGACGAAGGGCCCGAACGGACGCUGACAACAAUGAACUCAUGGCUCUACCAGGGACGGUUGUAGAUGUAGAAGAGCAGAUUGAGGGUGUUGCAACCGCGUUAGGAGGUGUUGCGUUUAGAGCUUUGGCGGGUGCGACUGACAACAAAACUAAUGCAUUGAUAGCCAUAUCAAUUGCACGAAGUAACCUUUAUGAGGCCAGAGUUGGCCUCACUGAAUCCAGGCUACGCCGCCAUCAGAAUACUGGGCAGCGAGCUGCGCAAUACAAUGCGCGUCAAGACAGCAAGAAGACUGCCAACCUACGCGUGAAGUACCAAACCUAUGAGCGCAAAGUUCAAAAGUACCAUACCGAUUUUCCAAGGGCGGUACGUGUUCAACUCCCUGACCUUGUCACGGUCAUGCGAAUGUCAUUAGAGGAUAAUUUCUGGAAUCGGGGUGAGGUGGAUGAAGAAGAGCACGGUGAUCAUGCUGAUAAGUUUAGAGCUGGUAUAGACGCAACCCUACUGCAAAGGAGGGCGGUCGAGGAGCUGAGACGCAUUGCCAGGGAAGUCCGUCAGAUGAUGGGUUGGGCAUUUGAAUAUUAUGAACAAAUCAUUUCAUUUAAAACGCAAUUAGAACAAGAGGUCUCUACACAGCAUCAUAACGAGGAGAUGCUGCAAGCUGUGGAAGAAUUGAAGCCGAGACCUGAAGCAUGA